GAAAAAGACAGAGGGAGGGAAAAGAGGAGAAUAGAGAGAGAGCAGGACCAAACUCGCUGCCUUCUUUCCCCCCAGUGCUCUCUCCCUCCUUUCUCUCAGUGACUCCAAGCUGAGACCAACAGAUAGGAUGCUGUGCCUCGGGGGCCUGUCCUCUCUCCUCCUGCUUCUCCUCUGCCCCGCUCCACUGUUGGCCCAGGAGGAGCUCAUACGCCUCGCAGGCGUGAGCCGCCGCAGUGCAAAUGAGGGACGUGUGGAGGUGUUCUAUAAUGGAGCGUGGGGGACGGUGUGCGACGACGAGGUGGAUCUCAAUCUGGCCAAUGUGGUGUGCCGACAGCUGGGUUUCCAGAGAAGCCUUACCUGGGCACACAGUGCCAAGUUUGGUGAAGGACAAGGUCUGAUCUGGUUGGACAAUGUGCGCUGCCAGGGCAAUGAGCUCUCUAUUGCAGAAUGUCGUUCUAAUGGCUGGGGGAUCAAUGACUGCACCCACUCUGAGGACCUGGGGGUCAUCUGCAGUCCAGAAAGAAGACCGGGCUUCUCCCCUGCCUCUUUGGACGAGGCCGCUCCAUCAUCCAGGCACCAGCCAAACCAACCAAGACAGAGAAACCCACCACAGUCUCCAGCGGAAGAACAGAUCUCUUACUCAAGAGGCCAUGAGAUUGCCCUCCAUCGCAACCCAACUUCUUCCCGUCGCAGCAACAUCUCGCCACAGGAGAACGGCCACGAGAUCCAGAUCUUGCGACGGAAUCGAGCCGGGUCCAGAGUGAGCCAGCAGGUGAACCCACAAGGGCACCAGCUGCCCUCACGUCUGGCAAACGGGGGCUCCUACAGGCAGAGGCAGGAGACGUCGAGGACCAGCCAGCAAGCAGGGAGACGGGAGGCGGGGGGGCAGCUGAACCGGCAGCCUCAUUCCCAGCUCAAUGGGAACCAUGUUGAACCAGACCCUGUUUACCCAGAGCCUGAUGGACAUAACACACAGGGAUCUUCGAGGGUUCAUUUAGAGGAAGCCCGUCUACGGCCGGUGCUGUCCAGCAACCGUGGCGGUCUGGUGACGGAAGGAGUGCUGGAAGUGAAGAAUGCUGGGAGGUGGCGUCAUGUGUGUAACCAUGGAUGGGACCUGAGCAGCAGCCGUGUCGUCUGUGGCAUGUUAGGAUUCCCUGCUGCAGAAGCGUUUGACCAAGUCAGCUACAGGAAACUGUGGGACUCUAAGAUAGCCGACCCGUCCUCCAGGUUGCGGGCACAGAUUGGUAAAAAGGGCUAUUGGGUGGAGAAGGUGCAGUGUCAGGGUGUGGAGAUGUCUCUGUCUCAGUGCCAGGCGCAGCUGUCCCUCCCCAGGAAUGAUGUCCCGUGCAACAGGGGCAUGCAUGCAGUGGUCCGCUGCACCCCCGGGUACCAGUUUGCACGCUUUGGAAGAGCGCCUGCAUCCCCUGCCGUGCCGCCUGUUGUGCGCCUGAAGGCGGGGCCCCGUCUUGGAGAGGGCCGUGUCGAGGUGCUGAUAGAGGGCAAGUGGGGCACCAUGUGUGACCACCUGUGGGACAUGCCUGCAGCCAGCGUGGUCUGUAGAGAGCUGGGCUUCGGGACAGCCAGAGAGGCCCUCACUAAGGCUCAGCUGGGACAAGGCACCGGUCCCAUCCACAUGAACAGCGUCCAGUGCACGGGCAGGGAGAGGUCGAUCACAGAGUGCACCUACAGACAGGUGCCCCUCUACAGCUGCAAACACAACCAGGAUGUAGCAAUCCGCUGCAACGUGCCCAACACUGGCCUGCAGACCACGGUGCGCCUGGCGGGCGGCAGAGAGCCAGCGGAGGGCCGCGUGGAGGUGCUGAUGGAGAUCGGAGGAGUGAAGCGCUGGGGCUCCGUCUGCAGCGAGAACUGGGGCAUCAACGAGGCCAUGGUGGUGUGUCGACAGCUCGGCUUGGGCUUCGCCUCAAGAGCUCAUCAGGAAACCUGGUAUUGGCCUGGUUCCUCAGAUGCCGGGGAGGUGGUGCUGAGUGGGACUCACUGCACCGGCAAUGAGAUGUCUGUCCAGCAGUGUCGCAGAAACACAAACGUCUACUGUCCCAGAGGAGGAGAAGGCAAAGCGGCAGGAGUGACCUGUGUCGAGACUGCACCCGACCUUGUCCUGGACGCUCAGCUCGUCCAAGAGACGGCCUACCUGGAGGAUCGACCCCUGCACCUGCUGACCUGCGCCAAUGAGGAGAACUGCCUGUCCACCUCCGCCGCCAGGAUGAACUGGCCCUACGGACACCGCCGCCUGCUGCGCUUCUCCUCCCGCAUCAUGAACACGGGUUGCGCCGACUUCCGACCCCGAGCCACCAGAGAAAGCUGGGUUUGGCACCAGUGCCACAGGCACUACCACAGCAUUGAGGUGUUCACCCACUACGAUCUGCUCACCCUCAACGGGACCAAGGUGGCUGAAGGUCACAAAGCCAGCUUCUGUCUGGAGGACACCUACUGCCCCGAAGGUCUCCAUAAACGUUUUGCCUGCUACAACAUGGGAGAGCAGGGUAUCUCAGUUGGCUGCUGGGACACAUACCGCCACGACAUCGACUGCCAGUGGGUGGACAUCACAGACGUACGACCCGGAGAAUACAUCUUCCAGGUGAAGGUCAACCCUUCCUUAGACAUGGCUGAGUCGGACUUCCAGAACAACGUGAUGCGCUGCCGCUGCAAGUACGACGGCGCCCGAGUCUACAUGUCCGGAUGCCACGCAGCUGAUGCGUACAGCGCAGAGGUGGAGGACUUGUUCGACCACCAACCGCACAUCUCCAACAACCUUCUGUGAAUGGAGGAACACGCAGACAUAAGGACAGAACAACUGUACAACUCCUCACAACACCUCAACAUGUCAGGGGAGGGAGGUUUUCAAUGACAAUGACAUGCCAGUAAAAAGAGAGAGAUGAGGCUCAGUGGGAGGAGGAGGGGAAACUGGGAUUAUAUGGGAGGUAAUUCAUGCAACAGAUGAUUAGUUCGGAUCCUGUGACGGAAGAAGGAGACAUGUAGAAAGAGACGGCCGUCGCAAGCAUCAUGCCACCAUGAUAAAACAUCGAGUAAUACAUGAUUUUAUAAAAACCUGUUAACAAAUUCCAUUCCCUUGAUCGAAACAUAACACAGUGAACAAAGUGAUGACAUGAAGGCACACCAGUACAACACCAGUGCACCGCCGGGCUGUUAUGAUAUCAACACAGAUCACCCACUGUUGACAAAGCUCGUCGGGCCUCCUGUGCUUUCACCGUUUGCAGUUUUUGUUUUUUAAUGGGAUUUUUUUAUUUCACGGUGCUAUUUUGCCUCUUUUUAAUAAAUUUUGUAAUGUAUUGCAAAUGUAUUGUCAUGUACAGUUUUAUAUUACCUCUCUUGAAUAUUGCUUUCUAAUUUAUGCAGAAUUUUAAUGUACUUUUGAGUUUAAACUUGUCCCUGUGUGGCUGUGUUAUUUUGUUUUAUUAUUGUUGCUUUUUAUUAUGAGUAAUACUUUUAAUUCUGUUUUUCCUUAACUUGUGGGGAACAUCAGCCGAGAUCUGGUUGUACCACGGCA